GGAUAUCAGCAACAUACAUAUGCCCCUGUUCCUCCUAGAAUUUUCGACAUUCGGCAACACCUACGUACCCUCAACUGCCGUGAUCAAUUUUGUCGACAUGAGCGAUAGCCUUUGGAAGCUCGAGGGGGGGAUAGAGAGAGAGAUAGACAGCCGGAGUGAUUAGGUAUAAGUAGAUCUUUUCCGUCUCUCAAUUUUGCAAAGUCCGUGGAUUCAUCUGUAAUUCGAACAUCAAACACAGCUCAUUCUACACUGCAUACGGUUGCGACAUUCAACGAGAUGUCGACUACUACCGAGAAUAAGACCAUUACUACACCCAGCCAAGACUCACUGGGCCCCUACGGCAAUCUCAUCGACGCCUAUGGAAAUCCUUUCAAGGUUCCCGAGUACACCUUGCAAGAACUCCUUGAUGCCAUACCCAAGCACUGUUUCGAGAGAUCUCCUCUCACGUCAUAUAGAUACAUGGUUCAAGAUUUGACACUAAUUGGUGUUACCUUCUAUAUCUCCAACGCUUACAUCACACCCGAUUAUUUCCCCUCAUGGUCGGCAAGGUUCGCCCUUUGGAGCUUGUAUACAAUUAUGCAAGGCUUCUUUGGCACCGGCAUUUGGGUCGUUGCUCAUGAGUGCAACCACCAAGCCUUCUCCCCAUACAAGACACUCAACGACGUCACGGGCUGGAUACUUCACUCUGCUGUCCUGGUUCCUUAUUUUUCAUGGAAGAUAGUCCACAAGCAACACCACACCCUGCACAACAAUCUUGCUAAGGAUUUCCAAUUUGUCCCGAAAAGUCGUGAAGGGUACGGUCUAGAAACUGGAAAAUCAGAUCAUUCCAAUUGGGAGUUUACGGAGGAUACGCCACUAAGGACUGCAUUUGAUGUCUUGGCUCAAGAGCUUUGUGGUUGGCCCUGUUACCUGAUGACAAAUGCAUCGGGGAGUGAGGGUUACCAAAAGAGGGCAGAUGGGCGCGGUGUCGGUAAAUACAAUGGUUGGGGUGGAGGAGUCAACCACUUCGAUACAAACAGUCCUCUUUUUGGAGAAAAGGACGCUUAUCUUGUCCAUCUCAGUACCCUGGGUCUCGCGCUUACUAUAAGUGGAGUUUCAUACAUCGGAUAUAAGUUUGGCUGGAUCAAUAUACUCGUAUGGUACUGGAUUCCAUAUCUAUGGGUAAAUCACUGGAUUGUGGCAAUUGCUUACUUACACCAUACCGAUCCGUCCCUGCCAAAGUAUCAACCAGAAGCGUGGACAUAUACGCGAGGGGCUGCAGCCACGAUUGAUCGAGAAUUCGGCUUUAUUGGGCAUUAUUUCCUACAUGACAUAAUUGAGACCCAUGUUUUGCACCACACUGUCCCCACCAUACCACAUUACCAUGCGCGGGAAGCCACAGAGGCAAUUAAGAGAGUGAUGGGUGAGCACUAUAAAUCUGACACCAAGAAUGGAGCUCUGGGGUUUCUAGGGAGUCUGUGGCAAAAUAUGAGAUGGUGUCAGUGGGUGGAACCUUGCGAGGGAGCUGUGGGGGAUGGAAAGGCAGUCUGGUUCUACCGGAACUCGAAUCAUCUAGGGGUUCCUCCUUCAGCGGUCACAGCAAAGAGUGAGUGAGUGCCCCAGCAAUUUUUUUUUUUUUAGAAUAGGCUGCCUUCGCUCUUACCUGAAGGAACCAGCCUGCUUCUGUACACGAUAUACAAGGAAAGGAUAGCAAGGGUGGGCACUUAGCGAAAAUAAUACCUGGCAACUUUUCCUAAUUUCCCAAAAUUUAUGAAUUACCUAAAGAAUCUUGUCUUCGCUUGGGAAUUUCGCUUAUCGUUCCCGCUUUGUAUGUAAGCUUACAUUUCAAAACCUUUACCACGUUUACAACCUUCCAAGUAAUCCUCCAACUUAGAUUUA